GUUCUUUAUCACCCUUAUAUUUGUGGGUGUUUGUGUGCAUGAAUCUUUAUAUGUUAACUCAGCACAUCAGCAGACUGAAUAUUCAAUACCAGGAACAGAGUAGCUUGCUAAGAUAACGGGAUUUUCCACCUCUCAAGCAAUCAGUGUAUAUUUUUUCGUGCCUUGAAAUUCAACCAUGGGAAACAACGAAGCCGACACACCUUCAAAGUCUGAAAAAGCAUCUUCACCUGCACAGGAGCAGACUAAUGUUCAUCCUUGUCCUGAAUGGGCAAAUAUCCAGGCAUAUUAUGGGCCUGGAGUAACACUACCACCACCAUAUUUUAACUCUGCAGUUACAACUGGUCAUGCUCCUCCCCCAUACAUGUGGGGUCCUCCUCAGCCUCUAAUGCCGCCUUAUGGGGUGCCCUAUGCAAUCUACUCGCAUGGAGGUGUCUAUGCGCAUCCUGCAGUUCCAUAUGGAUCACAUGGGCAUGGGAUUCCACCAUCACCUGUUGUAAGUGAAGUCAUGGUUGCAACUCCUUUCGGUGUAGAACCACCUGCUAAGUCUUCAACCAGUAAAGAGCGAGGCUUGAUGAAGAAAUUGAAAGGAUUUGAUGGGUUGGCAGUCUCAAUAGGGAAUGACAAUGCCGAGAAUGCCCUUGGUGGUGCAAUCCACAGAAUGUCACAAAGGUUUGUCACUCAGCUGCUCUUUAUUUCUAGGAAUUGGAAUAUUCUUGGUCUCUUGGUCUCUUGGGAAUGCAAUAACUUAUGUAUCCUCUGCCCUGUGCCUUACACUUGUGGGGAAAGUGGUACAGAAGGUUCCAGUGAUGGAAGUGAUGGGAAUACAGGAGGGGACAAAUCACAUAGGAAAAGAAAUUGUGAGAGCACACCAUCCACAGGCAAGGAUGGGAAAUUUGACCCUGCUCCAGUUGGAGAGGCAAAUGUUACUCCUGGUAGUACUAUGGGAGCUGCCAUGGCUCCUGUUAGUGUUCAAGGAAUAUCUGUUGGAACUGAUCCUUUGGCUUCAAUGAUUUCAGGGUUGGAGCUUACUGCCUCCCCCAAUGGGAAUGUGAAACCCAACUCUGGUACUGUUCCUCCUUCACCAGGUGUGGUGGUGCCUGCUCGUGAUGGUUUACCAUCCGAACUGUGGAUUCAGGAUGAACGGGAGCUGAAACGGGAAAGGAGGAAACAGUCUAAUAGAGAAUCUGCUAGGAGGUCAAGGCUGAGAAAGCAGGCUGAGACUGAAGAGCUAGCCGUGACAGUUGAGACCCUAAGUGCAGAGAAUAUUGCCCUCAGGUCAGAAUUAAACCAACUAACAGAGAAUUCACAGAAGCUGAGGCUUGAGAAUGCUGCGUUAAUGGAGAAAUUAAAAGAUGCCCAUCUGGAAGUGGCAGAAGAUAUGGCUCCCAACAAUAUGGAAUCUGAAACGGCCCCACCUGAUAGUACUGUGAACUUGUUAUCCAGGGUAAACAAUUUGGGCUCUGUUAGAAGUGAACAGAGAGACAGUGAGCCCCAUGAAAACUCCAAUUCCAGCACCAAGUUUCAUCAACUCCUAGAAUCAAGUCCCAGAGCUGAUGCCAUAGCUGCUGGCUGAGCUUAUUUUGUUUCGAAUGAUCAAAGAAACCAACUAGCCAUGUUUCUGCUAUCCUUUUUAUGAUUAAAUUCCACCCAGUUCUGUAAUUUUGAUGAGAAUUCAAACUUUUAUAAUCACUCCUAACAGUAGCUGAAGUAGUUUUGGACAGAGACAGCGGCUAACAGGCAAUGAAUUAAUGAAUUGCGUAGCGGUGAGUGCACACAUGAUUCCGAAGGUAGUAGUGGAGUAUGAAGCCCUCCAUGGCUAAGAAACUUGAAAAUUGAGUCUUGGCAAAAGGAAUUACUAAUUUGUGGUCUAUUAGAUUCCUGAUGAUGCUGGGGAUGUCCCCAUUGGUACUGUACAUUGAAGAGGUUUUAGAUUGAUUUAAGAAGUGUGUCCCAGUCGUGUUAUGCAUAUGUACUGUAUAUCUUCCUCUAUUUGCUUGGAAAAUGUAAUGCGGCAGAACAAGACUGUUGGACAUAUAAGAAAUUUAUAGAUGGUUUACUUU